AAGGCUAGUGCUCAGUGCUAGAAUUGUUCGGAGAGCAUUCAGGAGAAACCAACUGUCAUAGGAGGUUAAAACAAACACACCAAGAAAGAAACAGUUCACUCAUAGGCAGAAGAUGCCAGUGAUCAACAUUGAGGAUCUGACAGAGAAGGACAAAUUGAAGAUGGAAGUUGAUCAGCUCAAGAAAGAAGUGACACUGGAGAGAAUGCUGGUAUCCAAAUGUUGCGAAGAAGUGAGGGAUUAUGUGGAAGAGAGAUCCGGGGAGGAUCCACUAGUAAAGGGUGUCCCGGAGGACAAAAAUCCCUUCAAGGAGCUGAAAGGAGGCUGUGUGAUUUCCUAAAAAUAAAAUGUAAAACAUCUUUGGCAUAUCUUAAGCUUUAAUGGCAAUAUUCAUUUUUGGCCAUGUAUAAUAAUAUUAUUAAGCAUUUACAUGAAUUUUUAAAUUUCUAAAUAUAAAGUUUUAAUAAAAAUUGAGAUGUGAUGAUAUUAAGUCUAUGUUUUCUAAACAUUAAUUUAGUAUAAGGUUUAAUACAUAAUUGACAAUAAGUAUUGACUGAGCCCUUUCUUUAACAGUCAUUACUCUGUUUUGUGAAUGAAUCUGUGUUACAUUGGUUGCCAACAGGUAGUUAAUGUUUUAUGUUUCUUCCCUUCCCUUCCAACACUCCUAAUGUUCUACCUGGACAUUUCAUGGUUAGACUUACAUUUUCCUGACCCUUCUCUUGCUUGCCGAAUUAGGAAGGCUAUUCUUUUGAUUCAUGGAAGACUUAUCUUUGCAGAAUGUGUGUUCUGGAGAUUUCUGUUGUUUUGUUUUUGGUUUCCCUUUCUCUCUCAACCCCAAGGCAGCAGUGGGGGUUUUAACAAUAUCUCUUCCUACAUCCUCACAGUUCUAGUUGUCACCGGUGAUGUCCCUUUUUCCCAGAAUGCCAGCUGGCUUGAGGCUUCAGUCUGGGUCACAGAGCACAGUGGACUUAACCAGCACCAGAAAAAAUAUUAGGAGAAGCCGGGGAGUUCUGGCUCUGGCACUCGACUGCCUACCUGACUUUAGAUAAAUUACUUAAUUUUUCUGAAUCUGUUUCUUCUAAUGUAGGAUAGGAAAAUAAUGGUGCUAUCCCCUUUUUCAUGGGGAUUAACUAUUAUACUAGGGUGACUAUAGCACUUAGCAUAUUGCCUGGCACAUAGUAACACCCAGUAAUUAAUAUUAUUACUGGGAAAGGAACUAGACGAAAUGUCCAGAAUCCUUUAAUAAGGUAAAUGCUAUUCCAUCCGUCCAGUUUCUGUAGCAGUGUAAAGGCAAGAUGAUGGAAAAAUAACUAUCAUCUGCAUCGGCCUGCUGAUCAGUUUCCUCCUGGCAUCCCAUUGAGUUUGCCUAAACCAGAUUUCACUCCCUUUGUGCUGACAACUAACACCUCUGUUUCCAUAACAAAAGACAAGCGUUAAUGACCCCAGUAGGUAAACUGUUUUUGUUGUUAGUGUUUCCUCGUUGCUCUCUCACAUUUACAGUGCUAUUUUUAGAUAUCUGCGAUCAGAAAUGCUGAUUGAUUGUCAUCCUCUUAAAAAGAUAAGAAUGAUCUAUUAUUUGGUCUGGAAGGGAAUCUAAAGGUCUGUUGUCCCAAGUUUGGCUCCUAGCACAGUGUCCGCCCACUUUGGCCACAGUAAAUGCUCAACAAAGAUUUAUUGACUCUUGUCCAUUGCCUUCAUUUUGGAAUGAAGAAAAUCAAGGCUCAGAGGAGUGAACUGGUGAAUUUUUUAGGUUUAGACUCUAGAUCUCUGGCUGAAUGGUUAGCAACACACUCUACUAUACAUCAAAAAUGCGUUGGGUAUUAAGGAUUUCCAGAAUAUGCUACUGGAGUCUCAUCUCUUUUUCGUUAAGAAAAGCUCCUUUUCCCCUUGUUUAAAAUUACAAAAGCCCUCUCCAGCCACCCUCCAGCACUUGCUAUUCCCACUUUAUUUUCCUCCAUUGUACCCACUGCCAUCUAGUAUACUGCAUGUUUUAUUUGUUUAAUUGGGGUCUGUCUAUAGGAAGUCUGCAUGUGCAAUUCAGUGUUUAUUAAGUGUUCCAUAUCUUAUUUUCCUGAUUAAAAAAAUACAAAGUCUUACCUAUGGAAUUUAGUAACAUAUACCACCUCUAGCUUUCCUUUUGGAUCCAGACAACUCUAAAGUAAAACCCUGGCUCACCGUCUUUCUAGAUGAAGGCUUUGGACAUGUAACUGCAACUGUUUGAACCUCAGUAAUUUUUCUAUGUAUGAAAUGGGGUGGGGUUUAGGAUGAAUUGUUACCUGAAUAAUUAAAAUCAUAAUCAACAAUGAGCAUAUAGAAGACCACUUAAUAAGUGUCCUCUAUUAUUAUGAACCCUGUAGACUUCCUUUAGCCAACAAACUUAAAUACGAAAUAAUCCCUUACAUUACAUCUCAUCUUCCCAUCUUCCAGAGUUCAGUCAUACUAAUCUUGCCACCUGAAAUGUUCCUCCACUCCAUCUCAUUUCAGCCUUUUGAAAUCCUACUUUUCUUCUGAGGCUUAAUAAAAACUAUCUCCUCUGCCCCUUAACUUCAUCCCAAGAGUACUGUAUAUCUCUUGAAUCAUUUAACAUUAAUACACUAUCUCUUAUUAUAAUAUGUAUGGCUGUCUUCAUUUCAAUAAUAUAUUGUAAAUUCUCAAGACAGAAGUUCUGUUCAUCUUUGAAACUGCCAUACCAACUAAUAAACUGUCUCUACAAUCAAAUUGA